CGACCCGUUUCGGUACGAUUCGUCGCGUCGUUAUCGUGGUCGCCGUUAUCGUCGCUUGUCCUUUCGAGCGGAGAGCGCUCGCGGUUCUUGUGGUUUGUGCUGGACGUUUCUGUGAAUUCUGUGGGUUUUCGAGUGGCCAGCAGGAUAACGUAGCAUCGAAAACGAAAGUUGAUGCAGCAGUCCGUCGUCGUGGCCGUUGUCGUGCGUGGAGCGAUCAAAUUUAUGGCGGAAGCUAUCGGUGUAGUGACCUCCGGUUCCUCUCUGGUCUCCUAGUGUGCGUGUGUACUUGUGUGUUCACGCGGUGUGAAAAAUCUCGAGCAAAACUCGAUCAACUCCCGCGGUAACCUAUUCCGGUGCUAGUGUGCGUUCGCGCAUGUGUGUGUUGGAUUGUUGAAUUGUGAUCUGAUGGUGAUACCGUACGCCGUACGUUAGCCGCCCGGUUGGAUAAAUUGUCCCUGGGAGAAGAGGGGGAACCAACAACAAGAAGAAGGAAGAGAAAGAAAAUAAAGGUGGACGAAAGGUCACCAGCAUCGUAAGACGACGAGAAAAUCAACGAAACCACAAAGAGCAAGCGAAGAAGAGGAAGAAGGAGAAGUAGCGGAAGAAAAGGGCAUCGUACCAUGUCAGAAUCCAAACGCAUCAAACUGCAGCACAACCACCUCGCAUGGGACCUGCAAUCAAACCAAGUGACAAACAUCCGGCUAAGUGAGUUCGGUUCGAGUGCAUAAACAGUUAGCGAAAAAAACGGGGUCGCCGAUCAAUCGGACGCACCAGUAACAAUGGAUCCACCGAACAAGCAUAUAACCAAGGCGGCCACUAGGCUUCGUGUUCCAUCUUGUUUCCGAUUGUGCUAGAUCGCCACCCCACUAUUCCUCUGUUGUCUCUAUCUGUGAAGUUUCAAUAGAAGCAACCAACUUUGCUUCUUUGCCUCCUGCUUUUCGUCCCGCUUCUUACAUUAAUCUAUCGCCAUCGAAGUACACCCGGUUCCAAUUCGCAAGUGCAAUCCGGUGGAAUUCUUGCUCAGCUUUUUGUUCCAAUCGGAUGAAAGUGGUGGAGACACACUGUAGGGGGGAAGGAAAAGCUCUUAACAAAGUGUAGACACUCACUCCAACACAUCCCUAAGCACCGGCAACACCGCAGUACGCCCCCGGGGAAGCCUUUAGGGCCGCAGGACCAAUGUUUUGGAGAAGUACCAGUGCCGGGUGCAGCAGCAGCAGCAGACGAAGGACGAGGAGCAGAGGAUACAGCGUCGUGGACCGGUGCGGAUUGGUGCAGCUGACAAAAUGGUGCACGCUCUUCAUCAUUUUGGAGUCUACGAGCGGUGGAAGUGGGCUCAUCACAUCCCAGAGCACGGCAACAACACUAAUAGACAGCGGCAGCAGCAGCAGCAGCAGCAGCAGCAGUAGCUCUUCCGCUACGAUCAGCCGUCAUCUAGCGAGCUUGGCAACGUUGCAACCGGAGCAAGCACCUGAAGCACCACGGUACGCAGCGCUGAUACAGGACGCAGCGCAACUGUUUACCGGUGCGACCAGUUCGCGAGGAAAGACGCUGCCCCUGUUGGGAUCGGGAGCGCUCAAGGAAACGCUAGCUCCGGGCGCUCAGCUGACCGACGAUGGCAGCUCACUGGCAGAAGCUGCCAGCCGAGGGUAUGGCAGCAAAGGCGCCACUAGCAGUAGCAUUAGUAGUAAGACUAGCAGUAGUAACAUUAGCACCAGUGGCACCGGUACCGCUGCCGCCGCCGCCGCCGCCGCCGCCGCUGCUGCUGUAGAGAGUAACGGAAAGAGUGUUUCUGAGCAUUCCGAGCUCGCUACUAGCAACAUCAUCACCACCACCAGCAGCAGCACCACCACCACCAUUACGAUGACGCGUGACACAAAACACCCCACCCACGAUGGUGCCACGAUGGUGGAGGGCAGUAGUUUUAGUAAAAUCAGCAGCGCCAACCUGAUACUCGCUGAGGUUGGGCUUGGCUCACCGAAAGCUGGUGCUGCGGGUCAAAAGCUACCGAGCGGAUUUUCCGGCAGCAGCAGCAGCAGCAGCAGUAGUGGUGGUAAGAUGGGGUUAAAGGCCGCAUCCCGUGGAGCAACGUCACCGAUGGAGCUGGAGGUGCCCGGUAGCAUCAACAAGCUGGACGGCAUCGACGGUGGCCCCGGGGCGGAGGGUAACUUUAGCAAGAUGUACUUCGAAACCGACAACCACACGGUGAUUGCGUCGCAGGUGGGCUCCAUUGCCGUGCUGCCCUGUGCGGUGCGCAACAUUGGCGAGGGUGUGGUUUCUUGGAUCAGGCGAAAAGAUUACCAUCUGCUGACGAUCGGCGUGACAACGUACAGCAGUGACGAACGGUUCAACAUCAUACACUCGGAGGAAAAGGAGGAAUGGCCACUACAGAUCAAGUACGUGCAGCUGCGAGACGCGGGACUGUACGAGUGCCAGGUUUCCACCCAUCCACCGACCUCGAUCUUCGUGAAGCUGGACGUUGUCGAGGCAAAGGCGGAAAUUUUCGGACCCUCGGAGAAGUAUCUGAAACCCGGUUCGAUGCUGCGGUUAACGUGCCGCGUCGUCCAGAGCAACGAACCACCGCUCUACAUAUUCUGGUAUCACAACAAUCGCAUGAUCAACUACGAUGCCCACCGGGGCGUCAACGUGUCAACAGAGGCGGACAACCGCUACUCGGAACUGUUUAUCGCGCACACAAACACGCUCAACUCCGGAAAUUACUCCUGUGUUUCGAAUAAUGCUGUCGCUGCGUCAACGCUGGUGCAUAUCCUGAACGGUGAAAACCCGGCGGCAAUGCAACACGGAGACCAUGGCAAUGCGGUACUGGUGGUGUCCCACAUUCAUUUGCCACUGACAAUUGUAACAUAUCAGGUCAUCAAUUUCGUCUUAAAUAUGCAUUGAACCUCGCAAACACUCGGACGGUGAGGUGGUUGAUGGAAUGGCACCGCCGGAGUGUGUCGAGGGUCAAGCGAUGAGUGAUGUAAAAAUGAAUCAAAAUCCACCCCCAAAUGGGUGGGUGAGUGGGCAGAUGAUCAAAAGUAAAACAUGACAUCGAUACUACAGAUCAUGCCCUAGGUCAUGGAUACACACGGAACUGGUGACUUCGUUUCACAUACUGCAGGUACUCCGGUCGGUUCCACGUACGACAUGCGUGAUAUUGCUGUACCCUGUGAGAGGCGAACAGAAAACGAACAGGACAGCAUGUAGUCUGAAACAUUCAUUCCGAAUUCCUUGAAAAAUUCCAUGUCAAAGACUCUCCUUGCGUCACUACUGGAGCACCAUGGAGGCGGAAAAUGAAGAGUUCAUAUUUUUGCAGCGGAAUCCAGCGUCCCGGUGGCCAGGUACACGGUCCGGUGAGUGUGAAUCGUGGCGAUUCAAACCGUUAAUUGAACGAUACAUGACACAUACGGACAUACGUGUCCGACAGUGAAGCAUUCCUGUAUCGAGAUGAGGAUAAAAAAAGAGAGAGAAAUAUCGUUCUCCGAAAAUUGAGAGAGCUACGAUGUGCUGUAAAUAUAGGUAACUGAAAUGGCGUAAAUCAAAUUGAAUGUAGCGUUUGAUGUACUUUGUAUGGUAUUUGUAAGUGAAAGUAACAGAAAAUAAGAGAAACUUAAGCAAAGAAAGUUAGGCACUCAAAAAAAAAAAAAACAACCAACGCCACAAAUCCCGAUCCAAGGUUUCGGGAAAAAAAAACGAUAGACAUAUGCAUCGUAGAUGCCUCUCCUCUGAAGGAUUCCAAGAAAAACCCCACACCCAGACACACACAUUCAAAGACGUACAGGACUUUAGGGUAGCGGAAAAGUGGAGCAGUGCAUUGAUUGAAAAUCUCCUUUACAUCAUCGGCAUCAGUGAGCGGCAGCUUCAGGCUUGUUAGUAAGCGUUUUCGGUUUCAAUCUAUUUCAUUUUUCCCAUUACCAACCACCGCCCAACCGUAUUCAACUGGCAAAAGUUGAUUACGAGUGGCCAGGAACCAAAAAAAAAGGAAUUUUGCCAUCCUUGUUGCCAUGAACUGCUCGACGAGGGGCGACGAUAAUGAGGACAGCAUAUAAUGAUAAGCAUCUUAGAUAUAUCGAAUCUACUUCCCUCCCAUUCUUUCUCUUCCAAAUGUUCGAUUUUUUCGCAUCGGUUCUUUUGCAGAUUCAACGAGUGUGCGUAUUUGUGUGCUAGUUUGUGUUUGGUCCACAUUUUCAAUCCCGGCCCUCCCAUUCCCACCCCUUUACAUUAACUCUCUUGAAGCCGAGUUCCCCAUUCACCCAGUUUGGGCGUGAGUGUUAUUUGUGAACAAAAGAAAACAAAGAAAAGUGGCCCGAAGCGGAGGAGCGAAUGGUGCAAGGAGGGAGCAGGAGAAAAACACGUAAAAAUCCGAAGGAAAAUAAAUUAAAAAAAAAACUGUUUGUAGGUGUAGAACUGUACCCGGUGCGGCAGUACAAGCAAACCAAUACUACAAAAAGUCGUACUAAGCCGAUUCCUUUCGAGCUCCCGAAGCGUCGCCGGAGUGUAUGAUACGGAGAAAAUGCGUCCUCUUCCUGGCAAUGAAGGAGCAAAAAUAGAAACCGGAUCACCGGACCGAAAUGGAACCUGUAAAUAGGCAAAAACAGAGAGAGAAAGAGAGAGAGAGAGAGAGAGAGAGAGAGAGAGAGUGAGAGAGAGUGAGAGCCAGCAGGGGGGUUUAGGGUAGGUUGCGGAAUCGAUCGAUCAUUUCUUCACUUGACGCUGGGGAGGAAAAGGUUGACAGCAUCGAGCAACCCGUUUGCUUCUCUACCACCCAUGUGUUACCAACACGCCUGCUGGACGAUGAAAGCGUUGAAAUAAAGGAAAUAACGCAUGAUAGUAAGUCACCCCAGGAGACGGCUGCAAGCUUUUCGUUCCCCCAUUUACCAACCCACCAACGGGUCCCACACUGGCAGGUAAGGAAAAGCUGGUGUGUUGGUGAAAAACGAAAACAUCCAAAUCGGCCCAGCAAUCCACGCACCGAUCGACCUGCGUGAGAUGAAAAUGUGGCUGCGUUUGAGGUAAAAACGGUUGAA